UGGAGGUUUUGUUUUUGGAUAUCUGGGCAAGGCGCGUUUGCGACAUUUUUCAGUACUAGCUGCCAAGGAUUUUUCAUUGACCUGAUUCGCAUUUGACUGGUGGAAGUGCAUUAGUUACUUUAUAGGGGCAAAACGAUCGAUAGAUCCGUACAUUUGUAAGUCAGUAAGUAUACCUUUAAACGUAGAAUGAGCCCAACGUGACUGCAUGUUGUGAAGCGCUACAUAGCAUCAACAGCGUGCGAGUUCGUUUAUUAUAACAAGCUAAAUAACUACAAGACAGAAAUCAAGCUGUACUUGCACCUUCGCGAUGGACAGUGGUGUGACCAUAAUUACCAACCCUAUUGUAAAUGUGCGACUCACAAGCACUAUUUCAACUUUUGAGUCGAAAGGAAGAUUUAACAGAGGCAUAACAAUAGCUGAAUUAAAGGGAAAGCUGGAAAUGAUUGUGGGUGCCUCUGCCACUUGCAUGGAGUUGGAGUUGUUUAAUGUUAGUGACCAAUUUUUGCAGAAACUUGAAGAUAAUGAAGCAUUGCUGGGUUCAUUUCCCGUGGAUGAUGACUGCAGGAUACACGUUAUUGACAGAAGUGGUGGACUUCUGGGGGAGUUCAGUGAUGUUUCCAAAGUAGAAAAGUUCGAACUUCCAGAUGAAAAGUAUGACAAACGAGGAGACACAGCAAGGUCUUUUAUGAAGAAACAGCGUGUUGGGCGCUACAAUGAAGAAGAAAUGACCAAAAAGAAAGCUGAACUCGCAGCUCGGGAAGAGGAACAAAAAACUGCAGCAGAGGCUAUUACCAUUGGCAGUCGGUGUAGGGUGCAAGUUCCUGGGCAGCCUACUAAGCUUGGCUCAGUAAUGUUUGUUGGCCUGACAGAUUUCAAGCCUGGCUAUUGGGUGGGUGUAAAGUAUGAUGAACCCUUGGGGAAAAAUGAUGGGAGUGUGGAUGGAAAACGUUACUUUGAAUGUCCAAACAAAUAUGGCGCAUUUGUAAAGCCAUUGUUUGUGACUGUGGGAGACUUUCCUGAAGAAGAUUAUGGUUUGGAUGAAAUGUAACACUGUCUGUGCUGAAUUGUCAACUGUAUACACUCAGUUUGUGUGUCAAGUAACUACAUUAGUCUAUAUAAAUUCCAAGACUUUUUUUUGGCACAAUUUCUUUUUUGAACUAAACUGCAUGCACUUCAUACAUGAAUGAACGGUAAAAUAUUAAAAUGUGUAUUUAAGUUGG